AUGAAGAUUUUUGCAAAAGGCAUCAGUUUCCAUGCGAUUAUGUUAGACAAUAUAGUAAAUUCCACCACGAAAAAUAACGAAAUUAUAUAUAAAUAUAUGCUGCAAAGUCUAAAAAACAGCUCGAUAAAACCACUCCCGAGGAAAGUGUUCGAAAGAACCGAAGUAGAAGCUGCCUUUAGAUACAUAGCAGCUGGCAAGCAUAUAGGAAAGAUCCUGAUAAAGAUACACGAUGAAAACGAGCCAUUAGGUCUUCCUGUUCUCGCUUAUCCCCGAUUUUUCUGCAAGCUUCACAAGUCUUACAUCAUUUUAGGCGGCUUAGGCGGCUUCGGUCUGGAAUUAGUCGACUAG